GACUUGCAAUUAGCUUAAAUAAACAGUUGAAUCUAAAUCUCACCAUGACAUGCCAUGACCUCGGUUUAUCUUUAGUGAUAUGAAUGGCCGUCGCCAACACGAAUUUAGUUUGUUCACGGCUGUUUGACAAGUGAUAAAACUAUCAAACAUGGUCCUCACACUGUAUAAAUACGACCUGAGCCCUCCUGUCAGGUCUGUCCUGAUGGUGAUUGAACACUUGAAGCUGCCAGUACAAUUUGUUGACGUGAACUUUAUGAAGGGAGAGCAACAUACAGAGGAGUUUAAAAAAAUCAACCCACAACACACGGUGCCUACGUUAAAAGAUGACGAUUUCAUCCUUGGAGACAGUCAUGCUAUUUCGUCGUAUUUAAUAAACAAAUACGCGAAGGAUGACUCUCUCUACCCCACUGAACCUAAACUAAGAGCCAUUGUUGACCAACGUCUACACUUUGACAGCGGUAUCUUGUUUCCAGCAGUCAAGUAUUCUUUCGCUCAAGUUGUCUUCCAAGGGGGUAAAAAACUGACCAAUGAUGCCAUAGAAAAGAUCACAUCUGCGUACGAGUUCACAGAGAAAUUUGCAACCAAAACCUGGUUGGCAGGAGAACAGUUCACAAUUGCUGAUAUCUGCUGCGUAACUGAUAUUAGUAGCUUGAACGAAAUGAUUCCUAUUGAUGCUCAGAAGUAUCCACACCUGUAUGCCUGGUUGAAACGUUGUUCAGAGUUGGAUCUUUACAAGACAAAGAAUGCUCCCGGAAACAAAGAAUUGGGAGAAAUAUUCAGAAGCAAAUUAGGAUAAGAUAUCUUAUUUGUUUUUUUUUAUAUAAUGCAUUUAACUUUAGUAAAUGUAAUAGAUUUUACAUUCUAAAUAAAUAAGCACAUUAUAUUAUG